GCCAGGCAAUUUUGGAAAUGCCGAAAACCAAAUUAUAUGUUGGUGGCCUCGUGGAUGAUGUAGGGAACGACAGACUUCACAGAACAUUCGAAAAAUUUGGAAAAAUUAAGAAAGUUUGGGUCGCUCGGAAUCCUGGUUCCAGAGGAUACGCCUUUAUUGACUUCUACGACCCUGAACAUGCACUCAAUGCCUCCGAGGAAAUGAAUGGAAAACAUAUCUUUGGUUCAAAUAUCAAGGUUGAAUUAUCUACCAAUGGCAUUGAAUGUCAAAACUCAGAAAAACAUAGAGGCGACCGAAACUAUGAGGACCGGAGAGGGGAUCGAGGCUAUGGCGACCGGAGAGAUGACCGGGAGAGAGACAGACGGAGAGGUGAUCGUGAUUAUCGAGGGAGGCGGUCUCCACCUCAUUAUAGCAGACGGAGGUCGAUACCUGAGGACGACGAGGACAAUCGACUUACGGAUUUAGGUCAUAUCCACCCAUCAGAUCUACCUAAAACCUUAAACAUCCUAAAGGAACUGGAAAGAGUCACUCGUUUGCGACUUGAGCGUGAACUAUUAGACAAAAUUCGCAGUUCGUCUGCAAUACUGCCAGACAUUAACUUAAAAGACAGCCUUCACCAUAGCUCGCGUUCAUUCGAGGAAGACAACAACAUUCCUUCGUCUUCUCGAAACAGAGACACAGAAUUUGCUGAUCCCUAUGUGGCAUCAGUCGAUCCCAUAUUCCAGGAUCGUGAUAUUCAGACCUUUGACGAUGAGAGACCCGUGAUGAUUGAUUCAAAGCCAGAUAGAUUUUACUCACAAUGUCCAAGUAACGCGAGAGGGCCUCCCCGGUGUCUUUUACCAACACCAAACUUUCCAAAGUUAAAGAAUUUCCAAAAUCAUCAUUCCUUCCACGGAAAUCCACAUAUUCCUCCCUGGCAUGUUCCUCGUGACGUCACCAGACCGCCAUUACGUCCACGGCAUCAUCCCUAUAGUAAUUUGCGAGAGCAUAAUGUUAAUAGUGACCACAAUAAUGACUGGUACGGAAAAAAAUAUUAUGGCUUUGGAUUUCUACCCAUCUCUGCUAAAUCGUCGGCCAACAAAAAAGAACCUUCCCCACACAUGAAACUGCCGCCUCCUCAAGUACCACCGGUAAACGAACCUGAGUUUAGUGAAAUCGCCGAUACUUCAUUAACAGGUUCUGUUCAGUAGUGACAAUAAUCCAUCGUUUUCCAGAGGGGCGUCAGUGAUGUGACUCCGUGAAGGCGCUUUUGUCGGCUUGAUGGAAUGACACUGAAAAUUGAUAUCGGUGUUACACGUGCUAUAAAUGUACCAUAUUGGAUAAAUGGAAUGGAACUGAUGUGUCCAUCAUGGGGAUUUGUAGUAUUUUCUAAGAAAAUUAUUGCGUUUACUUCAAAAGUAAAGUUCUGAUGAGCACUGGAUGUACCGAUUCAAAUGUACAAAGGUGUACAUGUAGUUAGAUAAUAUUAAUUGUUAACUUUAUAAAAUUGUUGAUAUUUAGAGUUAAAGGAAGAAUAGUAGUGACAUAUAUCAAAUAAAAUACUGUCAAGUUCUCCACGAAAAUUUA